GUAAGCGCCAUUCGCUUGGGAACAAGAACAGGAGGUCACCGAAUGCGCCACGUCAUGCAUCGAGACAGGUCGAGCAGCCGGCUCACGCGAACCCCAACGGAUGCCACGAGCCGGGUCUCCUUGGACCUGACCCGCUCUGCGGUCAACAAGCCGGCACUGCCCAGCGGUGUGGCCCUCUCCCCUUCCUGCCAGGACUGGAAGCAAGAGAAACUGGCCAAGGCCCUCCUUGAGCUGGAGGCAGGCAGCCGCUCGCUAACCUCGCCAACGGCCAGCGCGGAGGAAGCGUCAUUGGCAAGAGCGACCGCGUCGACGUUCGGGAGCGAGGGCAGUGGAGGCGGACCCAGCCGGGCUUCGCCGGCGUCCAAGCAGCUGGCCAUUCGGAUAGCGAGCAUAGUGGUCGCCCUGCUGCUCCUCCUCGUGGUGCUCGUCUACUUCAACCUGAGCGCCAUACACCGGCGCUGAAACAGCUGCGGCCAUCUCCCUGGGCCGCGCUGGGGCGCAGGAACUGCAGCGACGUCGGUUUUAGCGCGCGAUACUGUCCGAUCGAGAGACUCGACGAUUUCAGAUAGUAUAAGCGGCCCGUACAUUCACUCGUUUGCUUCUUCGGAAGACGCAAGUAUAGGUAAAUAAUUAAAGCUCACAUUGCGCAUUAGUAUACUCCUUACUGCCGCACGACGUCUGUAUAUGUUUCAGCCACGGUUCACGCUUACCAGCAGGGUUAUAUGGCUGCGCGCGACGCCGUGAACCAAAGCAGCGCCCGUGUAUUGUAAAACUACUCCAUUCUGACUUUAUUCCAAGCUCCCUACAUCAAAUUUACGUAACCGCCGAUGCAAACACCGUCCGGGGACCCGCAGCGUUGUUUGAAUAGCCCAAUCAAACGCUAUCCCUGUUAACAGCAGGUCACUUUUGUUUUCUUUUAAAACAAACAGUAUUGCCUACCUUGA